GCGACAGGAGAGCGCCUCAGGGAAGCCCAGCACAUCAACCGGUCCCUCAGCGCGCUGGCGGACGUGGUGGUGGCCAAGGAGAAAGGAGUGCCUCAUGUGCCCUACCGAAACUCCAAGCUGACGCACCUCUUGCAGGAUGCCCUGGGCGGCCAGCAGAACAGCCGAACGGUGAUCAUUAUUGCGCUGCCGCCCACCAGGUCGUCCCUGGGGGAGACUUUGCACUCUCUGCAGCUCAGCGCCCGUCUCAACUCCUUGCGCGGGUGCCCGAUUGGAGUGCGCAAGACCGAGUCCUAUAGGCCAAUUUAG